AUGCUUUCAGACGACACUAGCGCGUCGCGUAGAACGCGCGCCAGUGCAAGGAAUAUGAGCGGAGGCGGAAGGGGGUGCAGCCCAUUAGGCGAUGUCCGAGAGCAGCUGCGAUUUCUAUUGGAUAUCGGGUCAUCUCACCCGAUAGACUCGUUGAAAGCCACGUCGGCCGAAUAGAGGGCCUGCCUGCACGGUGGCCCACCACCCGGAUGUACUCACCCGUCACCAACUCGUCUUUGACUUUGGAGCAUCCGGUAUCAUACUUAACAUCCCAUCCUCCAUUCUCAAUCACCAACAAACCUCACAUUUCUAACAAAAUGGCCAAGACUUUCAAGAUCACCGUUCUCCCCGGCGACGGCAUUGGCCCCGAGAUCAUCGAGCAGGCCGUCCGCGUCCUCGACCUCAUCUCCAAGAAGACUGGCCUCCAGCUCGAGCUCACUACCAAGGACUUUGGUGGUGCUGCCAUUGACAACCACGGCAACCCCCUUCCGGACGACACCCUCAAGGCGUGCCAGGAGUCGGACGCCGUUCUUUUCGGUGCUGUCGGUGGACCCAAGUGGGGCACCGGUGCUGUCCGUCCCGAGCAGGGCAUUCUCAAGCUCCGCAAGGAGCUCGGCCUGUACGCCAACAUCCGCCCGGCUUCGUUUGCGUCCGAGAACCUGCUCCAGUACUCCCCGCUGAAGGAGAACAUCGCCAAGGGCGUCGACAUUAUCGUUGUGCGUGAACUCAUUGGUGGCAUCUACUUCGGCGACCGCACCGAGGACAACGGCGAGGGUGUUGCCGUCGACACGUGCAAGUACUCUGUUGAGGAGGUUGAGCGCAUCACUCGCGUGGCCGCCCGCAUCGCGCUCGCUGCCAACCCCCCUCUGCAGGUCACCUCGCUGGACAAGGCGAACGUAAUGGCCACCUCGCGUCUGUGGCGCAAGACAUUCGAGCGCGUGAUGAAGGACGAGUUCCCCCAGCUCCAGUACCAGAACCACCUGAUCGACUCGGCUGCUAUGCUCCUCGUCUCGAACCCCCGCAAGCUCAACGGUGUGGUCGUCACCGAGAACCUCUUCGGCGACAUUAUCUCGGACGAGACCUCCGUUAUCCCCGGCUCGCUCGGCCUCCUGCCGUCGGCCUCGCUCGCCGGCGCCCCGGACGCGUCCAAGUCCAUCAUGGGCGUCUACGAGCCCAUCCACGGCUCGGCACCCGACAUUGCGGGCCAGGGCAUUGCCAACCCCAUCGGGAUGAUCCUCUCCGCCGCCCUGAUGCUCCGCUACUCGCUCGGGUGCGCCAAGGAGGCCGACGCCGUCGAGGCCGCUGUCCGCAAGGUCCUCGACUCGUCCGCUGACGGCGGCUACGACUUCCGCACCAAGGACCUUGGCGGCGACAAGGGCACCCAGGCCGUCGGCGACAAGAUCCUCGAGGUCCUCGAGACUCUCCUCUAAAAUCGUGCGUCACGCGCUCGUAGAUGUAGGACAGAUAGGCAGAAGCAGCAUGCAGCAUGGUUGUCAUAGAG